AUGUGCUUUUGGACGAUAAAAAGAAGAGGCAAUAGAGCUGCCAUCGCAAGCCAUCCACCACCACAUGUUGCUAUUGUUAUUCCGACCACCACCACUUCUUUCCUCUCUAUUUCCGGUGCCCCCUUCGACCAACACCACCGAGAGAAUUACUUCUACGGUCUUCCUCCGGAAACCAUCGCGCCCUCCCUCUCUCCCUGGGUCCUCCGUCUGUGCGAAUCAGUUCCCGUCGUGGCCGCCGACAGCAUCUCUUUCAUUCUUCGUCUGCAUCACCUCUUUCUAAGAAUCAGAAUAUCUGAGUAUAGACCUUCUGAAUCUGAUUAUGAAUCACUACCUUCUGAUUGUGAAUUGUAUAAAACUAAAUUAGCUUAUAUAAAGAUUGGCUAUGGAUUGAUAAGACUUGAAGAUAUUUCUAGACGGGUUGAGAUCAUAUUGUGUGUUGUUUUUGUUGUUCAAAGAAGGAUUCACGAGGCUUAA